CGUGUUGCGCAAAAUAUCGGCACUACUUUUUAAAUCGUGCAAAAAAUACAAAAUACUUUUAUAAUAAUAUAUCAAAGCGUAAUUAGCAUUAAAUUUUUCUGUUUUUCACUCUCAGCCUUAUAAGCAGUUUUACGUAGAACAGAGUAAAGUCAUUUCAUCCUCAAAUCUCCAUCAAACAGCAGCGAAAAAAAAAUAAUACUCCAAUCAUAUCAGGAAGGCUACUUUCGAAUUUUUGAAAAUGUUCAGCGAAUACGAUUUAAUGACAUUGAGGAAGGCGCUCGAAGACUCUGCACAGUACAUGACAAGGGAAGUUAAAGACGAACAUGUGGCGAUCUGCAUCGGAGCAACAAGAGCUGGGAAAAGUACACUAAUUAAUUACUUAAUAGGCAACAGACUGAAAGCCGUGCGAGUGACGCGAGUUCAGCCAGUGACAAUAGUCAAAGCAGACAAUGAAUCAAGUGGACCGGAAAUUGGUGCUGGAUCGACAUCAAAAACCACAAUACCCACAAGGUGGACAUCGAAUAAUUUACCCGACCUAGUCAUCUGGGACGCUCCCGGCUUUGACGACAACAGAGGAGCAGUGCAAGACAUCACCAAUGCAUUCUAUCUCUACCAAUUGGUGCAAAACGUUAAAUCUCUAAAAGUCGUUUUAGUUGUCGACAUCAAUGACAUUCUUCACGAUAAUAUUAAACAUUUCCUGACAGUCUUAAAAGCUGUCGAAAGUCUAUUGGGCAGCAGAAUGAAGUCACUAUUCUCGGCGAUUUCAGUAAUUUUCACAAAGGUGCCAAAUACUCUCGAAGAUAUUCCCGUUGACAUGCAAUUUAUAAACGAAAAAUUAACAUACCAAUUUCUAUCCAGCAACGACUUGGAAUUAUCACAAGUUUCCGUAGACUUUGUUCGGUAUUUAAUGGCAAACAACAAUCAAGUAGCUUUCUUUAGAAGAACUCAAGACGCUGAUGUAACUUCAGCAAUUGAUGUAAAUAUUUUUCCCGUCAUUAAAAAUUCCGCAAGCAUUCUAAGAACCACUCUUCAAGAACUACGUCCUAGCAUUUCAGAAUCAUCAAAGCUCUCUUUAUUCCACGGCAGGGAGAAAUUAAUCUCAAAGACAUCAUUUACUGAUUUAGAAAAUGCAAUCAGUGCUUUAUGUCAGAGCAAGAUACAAGAAGUAGAAUCAUUGGUAAACAAUAAUCCUGAAACAGAGCAGAAAAUAAUGAAUCUCAAGAGAAAGCUAACUAUUAUUGAAUCAAAAUUAAUGAAUGCCAUUCUUUACGAAGUUGAUUUUUUCAAAAAACUUGAAAUUCUCGAAUCAAUUGAUAUUGAAAUUGAAAACAAAAUUAAUGAGCAUAAUUUGAUAGGAAAAGUUAAACUCAUGGAAUUUGUUGAUAAAUUAUUGGACCUCGAAGAACUUACGAUAUUGGCACUUAAUGUUCAAAGUGUUUUAUUGUCAUCAGUUUCAAAAGUGAAAGAGGCGAUUUCUUUAACGAAUGUAAAAUUAGACGAAAUAUCACAUCAAAAUCAUGUCGAAAUGAUGAAACUUGAACAGGAAGAACACGAAAAAGAAGUUAAGGAUUUAGAGAAAAAAAUACAAGAAUUAACUGACUUGAAUGAUACAAAGAAGGGUUUUUUUCAGCAUUUCGAGACAUGCCCGGAAAGUAUAAUCGACGCUGUACUUUCACAGGGAGCUUUCUCACUCAGGAAUUUAGGUUCGAGCGCAGCGUCGGUUAUGCUUCCAAUGCCCUUACUUAAGAGCCCUGUAUUAAAGGACCAGGCAGGAUUAGUAGAAAUUGAUCAUGGAUCUUCUGGUAACUACUUCCUUUCCAAAUUAAAAAGCAUUUUCCCUUAGCGAUUCGACUGAUCUUAACCUGGAAAUCCUAUUCAUGUAACUCAAACAGAUAUUCAAGAAAAAUUAAAUCAUCUUUAUCUUGGAUUGCCCAUUUUAAUUUUUGUUGGGACUUGUUAAAAUCUUGUAAAAAAAACUUUAAACAAUAAUUUUCACUGUAAGUAUUUUAUGUUUUUAUACAAUAUAGUUUACUAAUACAGGCUUCGCACUCUUCUACUAAAAGCUACUUUUUGGCUACUUUUUUUAGCCUAAUGCUACUAACAGCCACUUUUCUGAACAAAUAGUAAAAUUUAGAUUUUUAGUU